AUGGGGGAAAACCCUGUUUCUUCCACGAAAUCUAAUGGGGUUCAUAAGGCUACGUUUGCUGAUUUAGUCAAGGGGAAAAAACCCUAUAUGUUAACAGAUUCUGAUUUGUUAUCCCUUCCAGAGGCGUCUUCAUACCUUGAAGAACCAGCGUUAGUUUUACCUUUAGAACUAACAAAAGAAGGGAGCGAUAUUUUCCAGUUUAGUCUUAUUGGAAGACUGAACUUUAAAGUUUUGAAACUUAAUGAGGUCCAAAAAAGCUUGGAGGAACAAUGGGGUUUUGGUGAUGGAAGAUGCAAGCUUGUUCCUAUGACUAAGGGGUUUUUCAUCAUCAAGUUGAUUUUUGCGGAAGAUAAAGAGCGUGUAUGGCAUGGAGAUUCAUGGAAGGUUCAGAACCAAACCCUUAGGGUUAUGAAAUUUUACCCUAAUUUUGAUCCUGAAAAGCAAACCACGUCUCAUGCUACAGUUUGGGUGAGUUUCCCUGGCUUAUACAUUGAAUUAUGGACAAAAACAAUUCUUCUAUCUAUUGCAAAAAUUCUUGGUAAACCAAUUGCUAUAGACCAGAAAACGUUGGAUCAUGAUGUUGGUAAUUAUGCUGCUGUUCUUAUUGACAUUGAUUUUGCAAAAGAGAUUCCUAAAAGAAUAUAUCUUACAGCCAAUGGUAAGGAGUUCUGGCAAUAUGUGGAAGUUCAAGAUAUGGAGAAUGUUAAGUUUUGUUCUCAUUGCAAAUUUAUGGGUCAUAAAUUUGAGAACUGUCAGGCAGCUCGUAAGAUAUUAGGGAAUUCGGUUAUAGAUGGGAAACGAGUUUUGAAUGAUACAGCAGAUAGCAAUCCAAAAAAUAAAAAAAAGGUGUCAAGUUAA